GACUUGACCUGAACCACCAGCUAUCGCAUGACUCCAAAAACACAUUAUUUAAGUAAGGUCCGGUAAUGUUCAGAGCAUGCCCUGUAUGAUUGAUGAUUCAUGCACUACGCACUGAAAUUGAAAAAUCAAAACCUUUGGUUCUUUUACUCCACAUAGCCAGCUGCAGGGGAUAAAGAUUAAAGAAGAUGAACGUAGUCCAAGGUAAUAGUGAUAACAAGGAUGAAGAUGGUCCACUUCCAGGAUUUCGAUUUCAUCCAACUGAUGAAGAGCUUGUGGGGUUUUAUCUUCGACGAAAAGUUGACAAGAAACCCCUCAGAAUCGAGCUCAUCAAACAGAUUGAUAUCUACAAACAUGAGCCAUGGGAUCUCCCAAAAACUAGCGUUGUGGGAGAUAGUGAAUCAUAUUUCUUCUGCAGACGAGGAAGAAAGUACAGAAACAGCGUCAGACCCAACAGAGUGACAGGGUCUGGAUUUUGGAAAGCUACCGGCAUUGACAAGCCUGUUUAUUCACAUGGAGGAGAAGGCCAUGCCUGCAUUGGUCUAAAGAAAACGUUAGUAUACUAUCGUGGAAGUGCAGGCAAAGGAACCAAAACGGAUUGGAUGAUGCAUGAGUUUCGCCUUCCCAGCAGUGACAGUAACACUAACACCUGCCUUUCCAAUCCCAAAUCUAUCGCACAAGAAGCUGAAGUAUGGACUAUAUGUCGAAUUUUCAAGCGGAACGUAUCACACAGAAAAUACUCAGCAGAUUGGAGAGAAGUCCCAGCUAAACGUCCUUCAACUGCCACACCUAGCUCUCAAACAUGCAGUGUGGAAUCCAAUAAUCAUGAAAAUUACAUUACAUUCGGUUCUCCAAAUGUUCAAAAUUAUGAUCAGAAGCCAUUUGUGAAUCCCAUCAAUGGAAGAAGUCAAUGGCAUGGAGAGCAAUUAAGUAGCAUAGCUCAACCUUCAUCAAUGGCAUCAUCUUCAAGCUUUUCAAAUUGUCCAGAUAAUGAUUUCUUCACACAUGCAAAUUGGGAUGAGCUCAAAUCGGUUGUAGAUUUUGCUUAUCUUGAUCCCUUUUUUAUGUAAAUGCUUAAUGAAUUUAUAGGUUUCAGUUGAAUUAAUUUUAAUGAGACUGUAUUAGUUGAUAAUUUUGAAAACUAUAGAACAUCGAUACACAUCCACAAUUGGCUUAGGCCAGUUUGUUGUUCCUCCUUAGGAGUAUUAACGUCCAAGGUCUCGUUCCCUUCUUGCUCUUGGAUUUCUUUGUAUGUGCAAAAAAACAUAA